AUGGACUAUACAUCAAUAAAUGUGUCAGAUCAAAGCUUAGAAGAAAAAAAGCAGCAUAAGGAAGAUAAUGAUGUUUCAGAAGUCAGCAAAGACUUCUCUGAUAAGGUGGUAUCUCCUUUGAACCUGAGAAUAAGAAAGCCAGUUAUGCAGAUAGCUGCUUCCAGAAGUGCCAGGGCAGCCUCUUCGCCACGGGUGCCCAGGUCCUGCGGGUGCAGACACGACCCCGCUCCCCACCCACCCCCGCGAGGGAGCCCCAGGGCCUUGGCAGGGUUCGCGAGCACCUACCCGCGCGCGGGCCUCUGCGCUGGGUCUUGGACUGGGUCACGGAAGGGCGAUGUCAGCGUGGCCACCAUCUCGGAACCCUGGUCGGGGCUGUGCCAACUCCUCAGGCCGAGGCACUGCGGCUUCAGCGUUUCUUUUCCUUUUCUUUCCCCUGACUCCCCUCGGGCUGCCAGUGAAUACUCCGGGGAGUGGCUCCCACCACACACUGGCCCUGCCCGCGGGCUGUCCUGGGAGAUCCUGGAGCAGAGGGAGGGGACGUCGGAUCACGUGCGUGGACGUGAGGCGCGCCAGGUCUUUGUCUCUGGGCUGCCAAGGGGGCCUGCCAGGGCUAAGGGCGGACGCGGGGUGCCUUGGACUGACGCUAUUAGAACAAGCAGCGGGGAGAAAGUCCUUCCUACGGCCCGCGCCAACCUGCCCUGCGUUCCCCGGAUGGCCAUGACCACCCAAGCUCAGGGAUGCCUGGAGACAAAAGAAGCGGUCCUUGAGUCUCACUCGCCUGCAGCUCCCUACCCUCUGGAUGAGGAGGCAUGUGUUGGGAGCCUGGGGAGCCAAAGGUCAAAGUCUUUGUUGAAUACGGUCUUCCAGCCCAUUUCCAGUACCUUGAAGAUAUUCUCCACCAGUUCUACCCAUGCUUCAACUGCGUGCAGCUGCCCAAAGAUCAUAACAUUUAUUGUAUGA